AUGUUACCCCAAUUGGAAGUUGAAAGGUUAUUGAGAGUUUAUAUAUUUCAACAAGUUAGAUCAAUACAUGUCGAUUAUUUAAGAGAAAAGAGUUUAAAAUGGAAUGAAGUAGAAUGUAAACCAUAUCUAUUGGCUGGUUACAACUAUUUUCAAUUGUUAAAAGAAUAUUAUAAACAAAGAAUAGAGAAUAAUAAAAAAUGGUAUCAUAAAUUUAAGUUUAAAGAUUACUCUUUGAAAUCAGACAGUACAAUCAAUCACACUUUGAGAAUAGCUGUCAGACAUGAUAGAUUAGAGAUAAUAAAGUAUUUCAUGGAUCGAUACAAAUUGUAUGAUUUCAUUGAUAGAUUGAUGAAUGAAUCUGUUCUCAAUGGAAAGUCAGAGAUAUUUCAUUAUUUAGAUCAACUUUUAAGAUCUAUUGGCAAGAUUCAUUCGUACGGGUUCAUGGUUCGUUCACCUCGAGGAAAAAACAUGGAAUUGUUACAAUGGUUGACUGAAAAGAUAUCGAUUCACAAUAGUGAAGAUAAUACAAUUACAUACCCUAAGAAGAUGAUAUCUAAUGCAAUAGGAAAUGCAGCUCGGGUUGGUCGUAUCGACAUGAUCGAGUAUCUCAUGUCAAAAUGUGAUUUCACCAACAAUCCAGAUUUUGCUCAACCUUUUAUUCUAGAGAAUUGCAUAAUGAGUGGUAGCAUUGAAAUGGUUGAAUGGAUUUUAGCACGUGGUGUCAAUUACAAACCAACGAUAAACUACAUAGAGUUGUCAGCCAAAUAUGGACAUCUUAACAUGGUUCAGUAUUUCGAGAGAAAUAAUAUCGGUCACUUUACAGGUCGGACAGUUGCCAAUGCAGUAAGAUUAGAUAAUUUACAACUGGUUGAGUGGUUACAUUACAAUCAUAGUGAAUUAUUCACAUCUUCGACAAUGGAUCUAUCAGCAAAGAUAGGUCUAUCACUUGUGAAAUGGUUCCACUCGAAUCGAACUGAAGGAUGUACCAUUGGAUCGAUGAUAAACGCUUCAUUCAACCACGAUUUCGAAACAGUUAAAUGGUUACGUGAGAACAGAUCAGAUUCAUACAACAACAGAAUACUCAAUGAAAUUAUCAUUCAUCCAUAUCCAUCGUCCUAUGAGAUAUUAAAAUAUCUUUACGAUCAAAAUCUAUAUGAAAAGUUUAAUGUUAAUCAACGAAACAUAGAAAAUAUUUUUUUUAGAUCAGUGGGUGAUAUUCGUUGCGAAGAUAUUCUUAAUUUUAUGAUCGAUUAUCAAAAUCAAUUAUUCUCUGCAUUCGAUUUGAAAAAAGAAUUUAGAAAAGUAAUCAAAUUUUAUGGAAUGCCUAAUUAUAUGUUUUAA